CCAUCUGACGCCGUAUUGAUUCUUUCCUUCUCUUGUUCUCCACCUCUAUUCAUUCAUCAAUUUGGCCUCUCUCUUCUUCGUCGUCUUCUUCUUGCGCUGCGGAGUCGCGCGGGGCAAAUGGAGGAGCUCGAAAGCUUCAGGUUGUACAGGAGAGACCCGCACCUCGGCCGGUCGCACACCUGUCGCGUUCUGCUGGAGUCAUCCGUCUCCUCCGAGUGCGCGCAGAUGGCCAAGUACGAGAGGCUGUCGCAGUCCCUGCGGCCGCCGGGCGAGCCACCGCGGCAGCAGCGGAGAGUCGGGGUCUGGCGGCUCUUGACGGACUCCUUCGCCCGGAAGGUCAGGGAGCCGCCGAGGAGAGCAACGGCGGAGGAUACGAAGAAGGCAGCAACCGUGGUGUGGUCGGCAGAGGGGAAGAGGAGGUGGUCGUCGUGGCUGCCGGACCCCGACAGGAGAUGGCCUGUUCAGGGCUGGUAGAAGCAUGAAGCAUACCGGAACGAAGAAGAAGAAAGAAACAAAGAGUUUGGGUUGUCGAUGUUGGAGGCUUUUGUUCUGAGCGAUAUUUCUUUCAAAAUUGUUUAACACAAUAAUUAGAUCAGUAAAGAAAUGGAGGAAUAGUCUGAACCCAA